AUGGCUUCUUUCAAUUACAUGAACAACACCGCUCCCUUCUGGGACUUCGUCGCUAGCCUCGAGCAGCAAGGCAACAACCACCCGUUCUUUAGUCAGAAUGGACAGGAUCAUAACAACGAGAAGGAGCACGGCGAGGGCCACGAAGGUCAUCACGGCCCUCGAUUUGAAGGUGCUCGCCCUCCACCGUUCGACCCUUGGUCAUGGGGACAUCAGCUCUUUGGCGGCCCCGGAGGCUUACCUCGACCCCACAGUCCCCCUCAUCACGACAAACACGAACCCCACCACGAGCACGACGGUGAGAAAGACGGCGAGAAGAGUGACAAUGACAAUGACAACGACAACGACAACGACAACGAUCACGACAAGGACAAUGGCGAAGGCCCAUCUGGAUCCGGCUCUGACAGCGAGGGAGGACGACACCACAGACGCCAUGGCCACUGCGGCAGCCGUCGUGGUCGUCACGGCUUCGGAGGACGAGGAGGAUGCGGUCCUCACGGCGGACCAGGCCGUCACGGCCCUCGUGGACACCAUGGCCCGCCUCACGAUGGUCCUGGUCGCGGCCCUCGCGGCCCUCACCACGGCGGGCCAGGACGACGCGGACCCUGGGGCCGUGGUGGUCCGUUCGGAGGCCCUGGUUCUUUCGGAGGUGCUUUCUGCGAACCAGACUUCCAGCGUGGCUUCACCACAGAUGGUGCAUCCAUCUUCGCACCGCUGUGGGAGGCAUUCGCUGCCCAGCACUCGUCCAAUAAGAAUUUGGAAACUGCAGCAAAGGACAGCGAAUACUUUUCCCCGGAGGCCGACAUCUUCGACACAUCCUCCUCAUACAUUAUCCACAUGUCUCUGCCAGGCGCAAAGAAGGAAGACGUCGGCGUGAACUGGGACGCCGAGAAGUCCGAGCUGUCUGUUGCUGGUGUAAUCUACCGUCCCGGCGACGAGGACUUGUUGAAGACCCUGGCCAUGAACGAGCGCAAAAUUGGACCGUUUGAGAGGAAAAUUAGGUUGGGCACCAGGGCAAACCCGGCACAUGUUGAUGCUGAGAGUAUCACGGCGAAGUUGGAGGACGGCGUGUUGAGGAUCGAGGUUAGGAAAGAGGAUGAGGGGUUUGUGGAGAUCAAGAAGGUGGACAUUGAGUAG